AUGAUGUCCCCUCAAGUCCUCAUUUCAGGACUCCUACUCCUUCUCCCAGCAGUUUGGAGCACCACUGUGACAUCUUCACAUCAACCUUGGAAUAAUCACACUGAAGUGGUCCCAACACAACCCCCCCUGAAGAUCUCCACUAAGGACCUCUAUAUUGGAAUCUCUGUGUCUGCUACACUGCUGAUCCUCCUGGCAAGCAUCCUGACUACCAUAAAGUGCAGACACAGAAAAAAGAAGAGUCUAGAGAGCUCUGUUGUCUUCCAUGGAUUUCAGAAUGAAGUUUUCCAAAGUACAGCCCAACCCCAAGCUGUGGACAAUGUCCACAUUAUUGAAGACAGUAAAGUUCCAGUUGCCCAUUGA